CUUAUGGAUGGUUCAAUCCUAUGCCAAUCCCCAUCAAAACUCCACCUCCGGAUCUUGUAUGCAGCCUUAGCUCUAGUGACCGCUGGAACUGCUGGGAUAAGGGUGGCUUUGGCAUCUGCGGGUGCAAACCAAUAUGAUAAACCUAGACACAAAGGAACCUUCUUCAACUGGUACUUCUUUACGGUAAAUACAGGCGCAAUUAUUAGCGCGACAUCAAUUGUGUAUACGCAGGAGAACGCUAGCUGGAAGCUCGGGUUCGGUCUUUGUGCAGCUGCUAAUUUGAUCAGUUUCAUAGUUUUUAUCUCCGGGAAGAGAUUCUACAAGCAUGACAAACCAAUGGGAAGUCCCUUCACAAGCCUGAUCCGCGUUUUAGUCGCUGCUAUACUGAAAAUAAAAGCUGUUAUAUCUUCUAAAGAAGAAGAUUAUCACCGGGAGCUAGAAAAAGAUGGCAAGACUUCCGUUGGAAUGCCUUCCAAGAGCUUCAGGUUCUUGAACCGUGCAGCAUUGAAGACUGAUGAGGACUUAAAUGAGAAAGACGGCUCAGUUAAUAACAUCUGGAGGCUAUGUUCUGUUGAGGAAGUAGAAGAUUUGAAAUCUGUUCUCAGAGUUCUCCCUCUAUGGUUAGCAAUUCUAUUCGUUGGAAAUUCCAUUGGUUUUCAAGCAAGCAUGACGGUUCUACAAGCUCUGGUAACAGACCGAGGACUCGGCUCUAGAUUCAAAGUUCCGGCCGGGUCACUGCAAGUAAUAGUACUCAUCUCAUCAUGCGUCUUUCUUGUGCUCAAUAACUGGACUAUGUAUCCCAUGUAUCAGAAGAUAACCCAUAAACAGCUAACACCGCUUCAACAAGUCGGUAUAGGCCAAGUUUUCAACAUCCUGAGCAUGAUAAUCUCUGAAGCAAAAAGACUAAAAACAGUUGAAAAUGAGCAUCUAAUGUCAGUUUUGUGGCUCUUUCCUCCUCUCGUGAUAGUUGGAAUUGGCGAUGCCUUCCAUUAUAUGGCGAAUGUAGCAGUGUUCUAUGGAGAGUUCCCUGAGUCUCAAAGGAACACAGCAACCUGUGUGACCUCGGUGGCGAUUGGAAUCUCCUUCUAUUUAAGUAUAGCUCUAAUCAACCUGAUACAGAGGACCACCACGUUGUUACCAGACGACAUUAACCAUGGGAGAGUGGACAACGUCUACUGGGUUUUGGUCAUUGGAGGCGUUCUAAACCUUGGCUAUUUUCUUUUCUGCUAUUGGUGUUACACAUACAGAAAUUUCCAAGAUGAUAACAGACAAGAUCCUAAAGAUGUUACAACCUAAGACACAACAUGUUUUGUUUCAGUUUCUCUACAUUUAAUGUCUCCAUGUCUGGAAUAAUAUCUUAUUUGCACCUGUGAACUCUAGUGUUUGACCAUCAAGGUUAUAUAAUUUCAGAUAAAAAUUUGGAAUCGUGGAUUAUGACUGAGCAACUUAUAAUCUAUUAAUUUCAGAUAAACAAAUUAAAGUUAGCCACCACAAGAGCAACAAAGACUACUCUAAAGCCCUUAAAG